GUCAGUGGAUCCAAUGAGGUGACGCCGCGUUCGGGCCCGACAAGUGAGAGCAAGCCGGUGAUAAGGGAACUUAAAACUACCGUGUGACAACAAAGAGGCUCUGAAACAGGCCGAAGUCAGGAAACUUCAAGUAUUAAAGCCCACCCAGAGGAGCACAGUUUGGAAACCUCUGAGUUUAAGCUCAUCAUGGGGAGGAGGAAGCUGGGGCUGUUUGCUCUGUUCUGCCUUGUUCUGGCAGUGUUGCCUUCUCACACAGUGAGUGUAGCUGUCAUGUCUGUUGACCUUGGCAGUGAGUGGAUGAAGAUGGCGAUAGUGAAACCUGGUGUGCCGAUGGAGAUUGUUCUUAACAAGGAGUCAAGGAGGAAAACACCCAUUGCUGUAUGUCUGAAGGAAAAUGAAAGACUUUUUGGAGACAGCGCUCUAGGAGUGUCUGUGAAGAACCCCCAAACAGUAUACAGACACCUCCAAAGCCUCCUGGGUAAGAAACACGACAAUGUCCAGGUGGCACUCUACCAGAAGCGUUUUACUGAGCAUGAGCUGCAGGAGGACCCGGUCAGAGGAACAGUUUAUUUUAAAAGCUCAGAAGAGAUACAGUACACACCUGAGGAGCUCAUCGGCAUGGUGCUCAAUUACUCCUGCGGACUGGCUCAGGACUUUGCAGAACAACCAAUCAAAGAUGCAGUGAUCACCGUCCCAGCCUUCUUCAACCAGGCAGAGCGCAGGGCGGUCCUGCAGGCGGCACAGAUGGCGGGGCUAAAGGUCCUUCAACUCAUCAACGACAACACGGCCGUGGCUUUGAACUAUGGGGUCUUCAGGAGGAAAGAUAUCGACAACACGGCUAAGAACGUGAUGUUUUAUGAUAUGGGCUCAGGCAGCACCACCGCCACCAUCGUCUCUUAUCAGACCGUCAAAACCAAAGAGGCCGGCACCCAGCCGCAGCUGCAGAUCAGAGGAGUCGGGUUCGACCGCGGGUUGGGGGGAUUUGAGAUGGACUUACGACUCCGGGACCACCUGGCUAAACUGUUCAACGAGCAGAAGAAGAGCAAGAAAGAUGUGAGAGAAAACCACCGGGCCAUGGCCAAGCUCCUCAAAGAGGCUCAGAGACUGAAGACUGUGCUCAGUGCAAACAUGGAGUUCAUGGCCCAGGUGGAAGGUUUGAUGGACGACAUUGACUUCAAAUCGAAGGUGACCCGGGCAGAUUUUGAAGAGAUGUGCACUGAUCUUUUUGAAAGAGUGCCCGGCCCUGUGCAGGAAGCCCUCUCUGCUGCAGAAAUGAAGCUGGAUGAAAUCGAGCAGGUGAUUUUAGUCGGUGGCUCAACUCGUGUCCCGAAGGUGCAGGAAGUCCUGCUCAAAGCUGUGGGAAAAGAGGAGCUGGGUAAGAACAUCAAUGCAGACGAGGCAGCAGCCAUGGGCGCCGUGUACCAGGCUGCUGCCCUCAGCAAGGCCUUCAAGGUCAAACCCUUCCUGGUCAGAGAAGCAGCUGUGUUCCCCAUUCAGGUGGAGUUUACGCGUGAGUCAGAGGAGGAGGGGGUUAAAACCCUGAAACACAACAAACGUAUCCUCUUCCAGAGGAUGGCUCCUUACCCCCAGCGCAAGGUCAUCACUUUCAACCGCUACAGUGACGACUUUGCCUUCGACAUCAACUACGGUGACCUCAGCUUCCUGAGCCAGGAAGAGAUCAGUGUGUUUGGCUCUCUGAACCUUACCACAGUCAAACUGUCUGGAGUAGGCAGCAGCUUCCAGAAGCACACAGACGCAGAGUCAAAAGGCAUCAAAGCUCAUUUCAACAUGGAUGAGAGCGGCGUGCUGCUGCUGGAUCGGGUGGAGUCCGUCUUUGAAACUAUCGUGGAGGAGAAAGAGGAGGAGUCAACAUUAACUAAACUGGGUAACACAAUUUCCACUUUGUUUGGAGGAGGAUCAUCAGAACCAGCUCCAAAUAUGACUGAACCUGUCCAGGAUGAGGAGGAAGUGCCUCCAGAAUCAGGAAAGGAAGGCAAGGAUGAGGACAGUAAGGAUGAAGCCCAGAAGGAAGAGGCUCCCAAGGAGAAGCCGGCUGAUACAGAGAAAGGUGCAGGUGAAGAGAAAAGUGAGGAGAAGACGGAGGAAGAAGGAAGCAAGGCUGAAACUAAGGAGGAGAAGGAUGAAGAGAAGACUGGAAAUGCAGAGGAAGAGAAGAAUCCGGAAAAGACAGCAAAACCACAGAAGAAGAGUAAAAUCUCUGAAGACAUCACAGUGGAGCUGGUCAUCAAAGACAUCCUGAACCCCACAGCAGAGGACGUCAGCUCCUCUAAAAAGAAGUUGCAGGAUUUAACGAACAGAGACCUCGCCAAACAUGAAAGAGAAAAGACCCUGAACAGUCUGGAAGCCUUUAUCUUUGAGACUCAGGAUAAGAUGUACCAGGACGAUUACCUGCUGGUGGUGUCAGAGGAGGAGAAAGAGCAGAUCUCUGGGAAGCUGAGCGAGGCGUCAGAGUGGAUGGAUGAGGAAGGCUACACAGCCAGCACCAAGCAGCUGAGAGAGAAGCUGUCUCAGCUCAAGAGCCUGUGCAAGGACAUGUUCUUCAGGGUGGAGGAGCGCCGCAAGUGGCCUGACCGCCUAGCUGCCCUGGAGAGCAUGCUGAACACCUCCAGCUUCUUCUUGAGGAGUGCCAAGCUGAUUCCAGCAGACGACCAAAUCUUCACCGAAGUUGAGCUGAAUUUGUUAGAAAAAGUGAUCAACGAAACAACGACGUGGAAGAAUGAUACGGUAGCAGUGCAGGAGAAACGCUCUGCAAAGGAGCGACCUAUCCUACUCUCUAAAGACAUCGAGUCCAAACUGGCUCUGCUGGAUCGAGAGGUCAACUACUUGCUCAACAAAGCUAAAUUUGCUAAGCCGAAGUCCAAAGCCAAAGCCAAGAACAGCACCAGCUCGGAUAAAAGCAGUAAGACAAACGACACAGCAGAGGAGAAGGUCAUCCCCCCCACAGAGGAGAGCACUGAGACAACAAGUGGAGGACCAGAGGAGCCACAGCCGGGGGAAGUCCCGCCCACAGAGGAGAGCACUGUACACACAGACUCAGACAGCCAAUCACAGCCCACAGAAGAAACAACUACAGGAGCAACAGAGAAGGCCCACAUAGAGGAUGAAUUAUAACAGCUGGAACUGGGAAAGAAAUCACUAUUUAUUGACAGUGUAUAAAUGUUCAAGUUCUCUUUCUCUCUUCAGUUUUUCUUGUUUUUCUUUGGUUUUUUUUGUCCAUGGUGACCGAACCGCUUGAAUCUGAUUGGAUAUGCAACAGAGGCUGCUCAUCUUACCCCUACCUCCCCCACCCCUCUUCUUUAUUUGCUGCUCAUCUCUUCUGUCUGUCAUCGACUCGACACUGAAACACAACAAAGAAGCAGUUCAACAAAAGUAAAGUCUGGGACUCCGUCUGUGCCGUGAUGGAUACGGGUCAAGCCCACCAGAUGAUGACAUCCCACAGAGGGAGGUGUGAGCAGUGUUCAGACUUAUUAAAGUAACUACACAGACUUCUGAUGAGGUUGGGUGCUGGUAUACUUUUUCAUCAUUUAAUAACUUUUCAUUUCCUGCUUUGUCUGCACUGUAUUUGUCUGUAGAGGGGAGGACAAUGUUUGUAACACCGCCUGUACCGUCAGCCACAGUGGUGUGGGGGGGUUUGUUAUUUCGCUCAUCUUGUUCAAGUGUUCAACUAAAUAAAAUAAAAAAAACAGUCAGAGAUAUAAAUGGAAUAGAUUAAAUGGAACCGUACAAAUGACAUUUGUACGGUUAAUUCGUUUAAAAACUCCACUCUUUCCUGUGCCUCUCAGCUUUAAAACAGCAGCUGUAUUUGUAGGGAAAAAAUUGUAGUAAGCCUUAUAGAUUCAAUCUAAAACUAUAUUGGAAGUACAGUUUUUUUUUAAUUUUAUUUGUAAUGAAACAAAGCAUUCAUCCAGUCACAACGUGAACUAUAAAUAUGCCCCAACAUAUGUUGAUUGGACUUUAAGAAGAAGUAAAUCAGAGGAAACUGAGAAAUUAGAAGUUCUUCUGAAACAUGUCUAUAAUUAGGAAUGAUGGCUGAUUAUUUUGAACAUAAUUACAUAAUUUGGGUAUAAAUGUGGAUUAAGGAUUAGUAUGCAGAACGAGCGACAUACUGAGUGUGUGUUCCAUGACAAGUCACUUACAUUUUUUAGUACAUGCACUCGAUUGAACUUGUUUCUCCCAUCAUUACUCACCCACUGAAACUCAUUCAGUGUUUUUGUAUGUUUGAAAUCUUGACUGAAUAGAACAAUAACCCCUGUUGAUGAUGAGUAUAAACAUAAACCAACAUGUGUCUAUAGUGUAGCACUUAAGUGCAGAUUGACAGGAGAGCUGCCAAAUAAGUAAAACUUAAUAUAUAAACAGUGUCUCCAUAUUUCUGGUUCCCAUCAUAUCUCUCAUCCAGCUGACUGAAUUGAAUGAGUCAUGAUUUAUUUUUUCUUCUGCUGAUGCCUAAACAACACUGAAUAUGUUUUGGCAGUCAAAGUCCAUCUUUUAGUCUCAUAAGCUGCUAAACUGUAGAGGAGGUGAUGUGUUCAAGUUGUCAGUGCUCUCACCAUGACUGUGUGUGUGUUGGGGGGAUUUAAGUUCUGAUGUGUGCUUCUGUUUGUUGCACUCUGUUAUUUGAAGGGCUGACUGAGGAAAACAAAAUUCAUGAGUGGGGGAUGAAAAUAAUGUGUGUUAAAGCUGUUAAUAAAAAAAAAAACCUUUUUUUAAA